AUGAUCCGUAGGUAAAUAAUAAUAAUUACUACCACAUUAAUAUAUAUAAAUUCGCUUAAAUAUAGUAAUGAUGAUGUAGUACAAAAUCAAAAACUAUAAUGUGAAUGCUGGCUGUACCUUUCAAAGUUUCUUAUUAUAUCCUUAAAAUUAAGCUUUUGGUUGUAAAUUCGUUGCAAAUAAUAAAUGGUUAAAAAUUUAGUAUGCGCAUUAAAUUUUCAUUAUCAACAAAUUUUUCUCGUCUAUAACCAGCCAUUUUUUCUUGUAUUUAGUAGUAGUAGCAGUAGUAGUAGUAGUAGUAGUAGUAGUAGCAGUAGUAGUUGUGGCAGUAGUGGCAGUAGUGGCAGUAGUAGUAGUAGUAGUAGUAGUAGUAGUAGCAGUAGUAGUUGUGGCAGUAGUGGCAGUAGUGGCAGUAGUAGUAGUAGUAGUAGUAGUAGUAGUAGUAGUAGUAGUAGUAGUAGUAGUAGUAGUAGUAGUAGUAGCAGUAGUAGUUGUGGCAGUAGUGGCAGUAGUAGUAGUAGUAGUAGUAGCAGUAGUAGUUGUGGCAGUAGUGGCAGUAGUGGCAGUAGUAGUAGUAGUAGUAGUAGCAGUAGUAGUAGUAGUAGUAGUAGUAGUAGUAGUAGUAGUAGUAGCAGUAGUAGUUGUGGCAGUAGCAGUAGUAGCAGUAGUAGUAGUAGUAGUAGUGGCAGUAGUAGUAGUAGUAGCAGUAGUAGUAGUAGUAGCAGUAGUAGUAGUAGUGGCAGCAGCAGCAGUAGUACAAUAUUAA